AAAUCUUAAUUUAGGUUACUGGAAAAGGGGGAGAGGACUUGAAAUGGAACUAACGAACAAACUCAUUGUUUGACACGGAGCUGAAAAGAAGUGGGACAGACGCUUUGAAAGAUGGAAGUGAAGGACGCUAACGCUGCUAUGCUCAGUAACUAUGAGGUGUUCCAGCUUCUCACUGACCUCAAAGAGCAGAGGAAGGAGAGUGGGAAGAGCAAACACAGUGCCGGGCAGCAGAACCUGAACACCAUCAUGUACGAGACCCUGAAGUACCUGUCCAAGACUCCCUGCAGCCACCAAACACCAGAAACAGUGAAGGAGUUUCUCACCGCCAUGUUACCACAUAAAAUCACAAAAGCAGAGAAACUGCAGCUCCUGAAUCACAGACCACAGACAGCAGUGGAGAUCCAACUGAUGGUGGAGGAGAGUGAGGAGAGGUUGACGGAGGAGCAGAUAGAGGAUCUGUUGACCAGGGUGACAGAGAUUCUCCCUGGGGACCCCCAGCAGGACAGUGGCGCCGCCCCCGAGGAUGCAGAAAUGGAGGAGGGGAAAAGCUAAGCAAACUGCGCCCUCUGCUGGCUGGAGGACUCUGCAUCAGUCAGAACAGUGCUGUGCAGCUCUGGGUUAAUAAUGCGUUAAUGUUGAGUUUAUAAUGUGUUAAUGCUGAGAUUAUAAUGUCUUUAUGUUGAGUUUCACUGUGCAAGAUGCAGCUCAUUUUGUUUGAUUCUUAUGUUUUAUUUAUUAAUAAAAGCUCAUUUCCCACAG